AUGAAAGCUCUCAAGUUUUUUGCUUCUUUUUUCGCCGUCUCGUCCGCCAAGCUCGUUUGCAAAGAAGACACUUGCGACUUGUGCUCUCACGCCUUGCAGCUCAACAACCUUAAGAACAACAACCAGCGACUGGCAGCUGAAUGCCAACAGUUCUUGGCGAGAAAGUGCUGCGACGCAUUCGGCGGCCACUUCCAUCAUGGACUGACGUUAUCGACCUCUGAUCGGGAAAGCGUCGUUCCGCCACCAGAGCCGGCAAUGAUCGAGUCCGGCCUCGGCUUUCAAAACAAAACCAUCUGGAUCCUGCUCGCUGUCAUCCUCGCGUUCGUAUUUCUCGCAUCCGUCUUCGAGAAAGUCAUCAUUUUCACCUGCUCCCGGCGUUCUGGCAACAAGCUCUGCGACAAAGAACAUUUCAUUUGA